AUGGCUAAGGCAGCUAAGGAAAUUCAAAUGGAGAACCCAAGAGAGGUAGAGACUCCCAGCAAAGGGGCAACAUGCUCACCGUCAGAGGAACAGGCAGAAAAACCCUCCAUGCUCUGUUUCAAGAAGCAGAGGAAGUCCUGUAAGAAGGGCCUGACUGUGAAGGAUGCAUGUGAAGGAGCCUUGGAGGAGAAAAGCCAAUGUAUUAGUGCUGACCAAGAGGAAACAAAAGCUUCUAAUACAUCACGAUCCUCCAAAGGAGCUUGGGCAGCCAUCAAAAACCUUGCAAGACCUCGGAGAAGGCAGAAAUCCUCACGGAAGAAGGUGCCCUCUGAUUCCCAAGUGCAGCUGGAGACAGAGGCUGAGGAGGGCUGUGCACAAAGCUUCCCAAAGAAACGGGUGAGCUCUGGGGUGAAGAUGCCCUGUGUGAGGUUCUCCAGAGGCAAGAAAAAACCCAGCCCCUCUGAGGCAGUGGAGGAGUCAGAGGGCAGUGUUCAAGCAAAUGAGGUGAUGGGUAUUUCGAAUAAAGCCAGUGAGGAGCUGGAGGAUUCAGCCCCAACAGAAAAGUCUGAAUCCUUCAGCCCAGUCUCUGUGGAGGAGGACAAGGACAAGGUGAAGGAAAGUACUGACUCUGUUGGGCAGAGUGAACCCUUGACAGAGCCCACACCUGAUGCAGAGGAACAUGCAGAGUGCACUGCUCAGUCAGAGAUAACUGAUGAAGAGACUGCUAAUGAAGCAGCCCAGGAAAACCAGCAGGACGGGAUGCUGCCCCAAACCACAGUCCACACAGAAGGUGAAGAAUGUACUUCUGAAGCACCUGCUUCCAAGGAUCAACCUGACAGCAUCCCUGAAACCACUGAGCUGCAGGAAAUCCCUGAAAUCUGCAACGAGCUGCCUGAAGCCGAUGAAUCAGAAAAGAGCAUAAAUCCUCCUGAGGAGUGCAAAGCUGAGGAGACUGUAAUGGAUUUCAGUCAGUCAGCAUUUAAAGAUGAUGCAGGGAGUGUGCAGGUCUGCUCCAGCCAGCAGGUGACACUGGAAGCAGACAUGGGUGUUGGCAUCGUCAUCACCAUCACUGAAGCCGAGGACUCUGACAACACCGACUCUGACCAGGCCUAUGAACCAUCACCGGUUUUGCACCGAAAUAAGCAAAAAGGGAAUAAAAAAUCCAGCGGGAGCUUUGAUUUUGGUAAAGAGGGCCCAGAUGCUGGCAGCAGUCCCCAGGCAGAGGACAAAGGUCCAGGUGACCAGGGGCACAGAACUGGGGAGCAGUACGAACUGCUUCUCAUAGAAACGGCGUCUGCCCUAGUGAAGGCAGCCAUCCAGUCAUCCAUAGAGCAGCUGGUCAAUGAAAUGGCCCUGGAACAGAAUAAACACAACAGUUUUCUGUGA